AUGCGCCUCAUAAAUGUAGACACGUUCGAGCUCGAGGAGUUCAUGGACCAUAGAUCCACCCGCUAUGCAAUCCUCUCCCACACCUGGGGUAAGGGGGAGGUGACGCUCGUCGAUAUGCAACGCGGCCUGCCACAUGCCGAGGCUCUACCCGGCUUCGAUAAAAUCCGCGGCGCCUGCCGCCAGGCUGCCAGCGACGGCCUUAUGUUCGUCUGGGUUGACACCUGCUGCAUCGACAAGAGCAGCAGCGCCGAACUGUCCGAAGCCAUCAACUCCAUGUUCCGCUGGUACUCCGAUGCUAAAAUUUGCUAUGCUUACCUAUCCGACGUCGCGAAGGUUGGGGACGGUCCUGAGGCGGAAUCGCAGUUUCGAAACAGUAGGUGGUUUACGCGGGGCUGGACACUGCAGGAGCUCCUCGCCCCUAAGGAGGUUGUCUUCUACUCCCGGGAAUGGAUAGAGAUGGGAUCGAAAGAGGACUUUGCAACGACAAUCUCAGAGAUUACGGGUAUUGACCCCGAUGCGUUAGGCACUCUGGAUAUUACAAGAUUUAGCAUUGCGGAACGUAUGUCUUGGGCCUCAAGUCGGGUCACUACGAGGCAGGAGGACAUAGCGUAUUGCCUGCUAGGCUUGUUUGCCGUCAACAUGGCAUUGCUAUAUGGCGAAGGCGAGCGCGCAUUCAUCCGGCUGGAGGAGGAAAUCAUCAAGAACUCGGACGACCACUCUAUCUUUGCAUGGACAUCGUUGGGCGAGGCUCCACCCACAAAUAGCGGGCUCCUAGCUAUGUCGCCGUUGCAGUUCAAGCACUCGCGCGGGGUUACCCUAUACGAGGGUGAAAGUAGUAAGAGUAGACCCUACCGGAUGACCAACAAAGGUCUGAGCAUCACGAUAAAUGUGGUACGUGGAAAUGCACCAGGGGAGCGCUUCAUGACGCUCGGCUGUCGGAUUAGAGAAGGUUGGGUCCUCGCGAUCUGCAUUCGAGGCGUGGUAGCCAGCAGCGUAAGUGAUCAGUAUACCAGAGUACGGUGCGAUGAGCUGUACGCAGUGCAACCCCAGACUAAUGGUGGAUGGACGAAAUUAUUCAUCCGACAGGCAACGAGUCUGCUCGAUCCAGUGGAGAUUUUGCGUGGUGCAAACGCUUUCAUGCUGAACGAUAUCUCCCCCUCCUUCAGACUCGAUAAAGUCUACCGAUAUACUCCAGACAAAUUUAAUCGGUUUAGUAGUAAAGAAGCGAAGAUAGUUUGCACUUAUGGGCGUGGCGGUGAGAUUCUGGUUAAUAUCCCAAAGUCGGCAAACCAUUGGGUGGCGACUGCUAUCUUCAAAAGCACCACUACUGAGGCGGAGGUCUGGGUCAUGCUAGGCUGGACGGAUGAAUUUGGUGUUUCGGUCCACGUUUGUCAGGAUCGUGAUGAGGACUCUGACGGAGAGAUUGUUGAGGUGGACUUAAGGCCUCUAAGCAACUGCAUAACGAAGAGGGAGAUUAUAAACGAAUCUCAGACCCCAGAGGGCGAGGCGAAGACAGAGUUAGUCCCCGUGUCUGUGAGCGUCAAUACGCAUCACGAGCAGGGUAUCGAUGCGCUGUACAAGGUGCUAUAUAAGGUGACAGUUACUGAUGACCGGUAUGUUGCAAUUCCGGCGGCAUAUACUGUUUGGCCAUAG